AAUUAUCGACGAUUACUUGGCAAAAUUUUAAAUACCGCAUCGCGCCAAGUCGAAGAGAUAGCGAGUAAAAUGGUUGACGACGCGCCGUGUUACCGCAGUGACGAAAAACCUCGGGAUUAUCGAGACGAGAAAUUAUCCGCGCUCGGUCCACGCACCGACGAUGUUUAUCGUACCUAUAAUCUCCCGUCGAGGUUCAUCUACCCGAGCUUGUUUAAGGGUUACGGUCAGGAAAGCGGCCCUCCUCCUCAUCCCUGCUACUGGAAAACCUCUACGGAUUACGGCUGGUACGCGCCGACAAUUCAUACAGUGCCCACAACUUUUUAUCCGCGAAGCACUUCUUUCAGCAGCGAGUACGGCCGCGCGGGGAUGUCCAGAAAUUGUUCCCUCAACACGGAACUCGACAAGUCCUUGUUCUAAUUGUUCCGUGUCGCUUUGUAACCCGCUGACGUUCCGCGCUUCAAAGAAGAGGAUGACGAUGAUAACAAAUUAUCGUAACGAGCGAUCGAUUCCGGCAUAUCGAUCGAUCCCCAUGUAUUCCCGUCGUCGUAAAGCGUGCGCUGCUUCUCGAGCUUCUGUUGAGGUCUCGUUAAUUUGCCUGCUCUGUAACGCAGUCUCUCAGAGACUGAUAAGAUUUGAAUAAAGAUUUGAAUAAAGACGGAAA